AUUCGAGUUGUGGGGAAGAAGUGAAUGACUGCGACUCUGAGAGCCCGCUGAUUUCACAAAUAUUAAACUCCCUAAACCGGAACUUGACCCAUCUCCGACCAAAAGCGCAAAACCCGGAGCCGCCGACGUCUUCCACGUCACAUUGCAGUGACUUCGCCACCAUUAUGGUUGAGUCGCCAUAAAUUUUAUUUAAUCUUUACCAGCAAGCAACUAAUCUUUAACACGAUGAUAAGCUCAUUUAUGUCCCGCUUCAAUCACUUUCUCACUCUCAAACUGAAACCACCCACGUCUCUUCGUCACCAUUAUACCAUUACUUCAUUUGGUACUCGUUUAUUUUCUUGCAAAGGCCGCAGCUUUAUCUCCAACCAGUCUCGCCUCCUCUCUCCUGCUCCACAUAUUAGUACAUUUAUGGAGCUUGUUAAAGAAAUAGCUAGCUGGUCGCCUGAAUCUCAGCAGAAUAUUGUCAUUAAAGAUGAUCAGAAGUGCUGUAGUUACCUUCAACUAAUCUCAUAUGCUGGAAGGAUACAUGAUCAGUUAAGCAAUCUUCACCAGAAAAAUGGAGAUAGUAUACAACAGAAAGAUCUUGGUGGAGCAAGAAUUGGAAUUGUGGCUAAACCCUGUGCUGAGUUUGUUGCUGGAAUACUGGGGACUUGGCUUUGUGGAGGUGUAGCUGUCCCUCUUGCUUUAAGCUACCCAGAAACUGAGCUCGUACACGUGAUGAAUGAUUCGGACAUCUCUAUGAUUUUGAGUACUGAAGAUCAUCGGGAUAUUAUGACCAAUGUUGCAGCUAAGACUGGCGCUCAAUUGUCUUUCCUUCCCCCCAUUCCCAUUUCAUCCACUGAUCAUACACAGUCACACAUUGAGAGUAAUGGUGGUAAAAGAGUGCCGCAAUUUGAAUUAUCCCAAAAUAUACAAGGAGAGGACCCAGCAUUGAUUUUGUACACUAGUGGUACUACGGGGAGACCAAAAGGAGUUGUGCACACACAUACAACCAUCCUAGCACAGGUCCAAAUGUUAACAAACGCAUGGGAAUACACAUCCAAUGAUCAUUUCCUGAACUGUCUACCUCUACACCAUGUGCAUGGGCUUUUUAAUGCUUUAUUUGCACCUAUCUAUGCAGGUUCCAAGGUUGAAUUCAUGCCAAAAUUCAGUGUGAGAGGAAUUUGGCAGCGAUGGCGUGAAUCAUAUCCUAUAGAUGGGAGUAAAUCUGAUGAUGCAAUAACAGUAUUCACUGGAGUUCCUACCAUGUAUACACGGCUUAUUCAAGGUUAUGAAGCAAUGGAUACAGAAUUACAAACAGCUUCUGCUUCAGCAGCAAGGCACUUUCGCCUUAUGAUGUGUGGCUCCUCUGCACUUCCUCUUCCUGUAAUGCAACAGUGGGAAACAAUCACCGGGCACCGCCUUUUAGAGCGAUAUGGCAUGACUGAGUUUGUAAUGGCGAUUUCUAAUCCCCUAAGAGGUCACCGCAAAGGAGGUACUGUGGGCAAGCCAUUUGCAGGCGUACAGGCCAAGCUCCUAUCAGAGGAUGUGAACGGUGAUGACAAAACAGCGGUGGGCGAGCUCUGCAUCAAAAGCCCUUCAUUGUUUAAAGGAUACUGGAAACUUCCCGAGGUUACCAAAGAGUCAUUUACCGAUGAUGGGUUUUUCAAGACUGGAGAUUUUGCUAGAGUCAAUGAAGAUGGAUACUAUAUCAUUUUGGGCCGUACCAAUGCUGAUAUAAUGAAGGUUGGUGGAUAUAAGUUAUCUGCACUGGAAAUAGAAGCCGUUCUCUUGGAGCAUCCGGUAAUAUCUGAGUGCUGUGUGUUGGGUUUACCCGAAAAAGAUUACGGGGAAGUUGUGUGCGCAAUUGUUGUGGUGGACGCAGAUCUCAAGCAAAAAUGUGAAGCAGAAUCAAAGCCCGCUCUCACCUUGCAAGAACUUCUUGAUUGGGCUAAGGAGAAACUUGCCCCUUACAAGAUGCCCUCACGCCUUUAUGUUUGGGAUUCACUACCUCGCAAUGCCAUGGGAAAGGUGAACAAGAAGGAACUGAAGAGAAAUUUGAGUGAUGACGAUAAUUGAAUUUUUGUCUAGAUAAAA